AUGACAGUACAGUGGUUAGUACUGUGCAUUGUGGGAAGUGGAGGUCCGUGUCAGCGAGGAUCAGGAAGCGCCUCCCACACCCGCCCACCGGCGGCUCUCCCGGGCUCUCCCACACUCGGCCGGCUCUCCUCAAACGUGGAUCUCCAACUCCAGGAUCCCGACUUCUGGAACAGCCUCCAUGGCCAGGUCCCGGGCUUGCUGGACUGGGAUCUGGGCAACGAGGCCUUGCUGGCCUGCACCACCUCGCACCUGCCCUUGUGGGAGCAGAACCUGGCCAAAUACAAACUCCAGAUAAUUGAGCCACCAAAACUGCCUCUGAAAAAGAAACCCAACGCUGAUAAAGACGGUCCAGCUAUUGAGCCCAACCCAUGGAUGUGGGUGAACCCCAACAUCGUGUAUCCCCCUGGCAAGCUGGAGGUGAAAGAACGUAAAGUGGAGGGCCUGCCAAGCACACGUCUGUCCCGUCAGCCACUCCUGAAGAAGGAGGAAGCCAGCUCUUCAGACACCUCACAGGCACGGUCACUGUUGCCUUCCUCUAGUGAGCAGCCGCUGGCCUGGAAACGGAAGGAGCUCAAGCAGAAGCAGCCGCGGAAGCGUUCUGCCUCUUGCCCUAGUUCCUGGGAGCUUACAGAAGAGGAGGAGGAGGAGGCCAAGGACCAGGAUGACAGCUCCUCUGUGGCUCUCCCAUCCCCUCACACAAGGGUCCCCCUCCAAAGUCGGAGGCUUCUUCGGCAAGCCAUCAGCCCAGAGGGGAGGCUCUGGUCCCGGCCCCCUCUCAAUUACUUCCACCUAAUUGCCCUGGCACUAAGAAACAGUCCCCCCUGUGGCCUCAACGUGCAGCAGAUCUACAGUUUCACUCGACAGCACUUCCCCUUUUUCCAGACGGCUCCAGAAGGCUGGAAGAAUACUGUCCGUCACAAUCUUUGUUUCCGAGACAGCUUUGAGAAAGUGCCAGUCAGUAUGCAGAGGGAAGCCAGCACACAGCCUCGAUCCUGUCUCUGGAAGUUGACGGAGGAGGGACACCGCCGCUUUGUAGAGGAGGCCCGCGCCUUGGCUUCCACACAGCUGGAAAGUAUCCAACAGAGCAUGAGCCAUCCAGAUGUGAUGCCCUUCCUCUUUGACAUUCACCUUUAA